GGAAGACAGCACUGGUUAGGCUGGACCUCAUUGUCCUCCCUGGGCCUUGGCAUCACCUGCUGUGGGUGCCAGGGCUUGCACAUGGGCAUGAUGCUAUAAAAUCAUAUCCUGCUUUUGACCCAUUUGGUCAACCAACCUCUUUGGGACACCCUUGGGACAUAGCUUGUGGUUCAGACUUUCGGGGUGUAGACGCCUCAAGGACAUUGCUGCAACAUAGGGAAUCCGAGUUUGUCCAAAUCCACCACCCCAGGCCGCGCUGAUGUGAGGCUGGGUUCGGAAACGGUGGCUCAGACCAUCUUUCCAGGGUUCUCCCCAGCUCUGGAAACCUGUAUCCUGGGAGGAAUGGGGCGUCCUGCCAGACAUACCUGCUGUCACCCCUCGAAUAGCCUAUCUUCGUCCUUCCUGCUGCUGUAGGGACCUCCUGCCUUCGGCGCAUCUGGUAAGGACAGGGAACUGGGCAGGGCAGGCUGUAUCCAGCCCCUCCUGCCUCUGACUGGCCCCUCCAGUUCAUGCGAGGGGCCCAUGUUCUCCGAGGUCACCUAAGGUGCUUCCCAAGCCACCCUCCUUCUCCCUCCCCCUCCUUCCUUCCGUCCUGCACUCUGAUCUUCCUCUUUCCCAUCUUCCCUUCCUUCUUCUUGCCCUUCUCUUUCCCUUCUUCUGUGGCUUCUUUCCUGCCUUCCUGCUCUCUCCUUCCCUUCCUCCUUCCUGUUUUCCUCCUUCCUGCAUUAUUUCUCCCUUCUUCCAUCCAUCGUGGCCCGGGGCCUGGCCUGGGGGAGUCUGUUUGGUUCCCAGCGCUUCCCGAGGUGAGGGGCAAGCAUCUCGCCAGGAGAGAAGGUGUCUCGGUGGCCUCUGGCACAUUUACGAUGAGUCUCCCGUUUCUCCAGCAGGUAUUACUCACCAUGACGCACGCGGCCAGCUAAGCCCAAACAACCGUGCGUGCUGCACACUCGGCAUACCACCAGGCACAAACACCGGGCACAAGCACGGGGUGCUCACGUGGGCCUGCGGGGUGCACUCUGCCCAGACCUGCAGCCUCUGCCCGGGCAGGAGGAGCGGGCGCCCAGCUCCCACCCUGCUGCUUUGCAGACGCCAGCCUUCUUGGAAAGGGGUGCAAAAGGGGUGCACGCUACACCCGAGGGCUGGGGUUUCCGCUCCCCCAGCACGGAUGAGGAAGGGAGUCGCUCCCUUGGAGCCCAGGCUUGGCGGCUUCCCCUUCCCCCUCCUCUCUUUCAGCUGGGCUAAUGACCGGUGUCCUCUCAGGUGUAUUUUUACCCUCGGGACAAAUAGCAGCUGGGCCGAGUGGGGCUUUUUUAUGAGUUGAGGUACCGAGUGCUGGAAAAUAAACAGCGGGGUAAUGAGAUGUUCGGGUGGGACCGGCGUAAAUAAUAACAAAGCAGACAUGAGUGUCUUGUGCCUGCGCCCUGGGGAGGGGAUAUAAAAGCUGCUGUCCAGCGGCCACCGCCAGACCUGUGGGACCGACCGUCGGACCUGGACGCUGACCGGCUGGACCAUGGGGUGCUGCCCGGGCGACUGCUUCACCUGCUGCCAGGAGCAGGACUGCUGUGAGGAGUGCUGCUGCCAGCCCGCCUGCUGCGGGUCCUGCUGCGGCUGCUGUGGCUCCUGCUGCAGCGCCUGCUGCGGCUGCGGGGGUGGUGGCUGCGGGGGCGGUGGCUGCGGAGGAGGCGGCUGCUGCGGGUCUUCGUGCUGCGGCUCCGGCUGUGGGGGCUGCGGGGGCUGCGGCUCCGGUUGCUGCGGCUCCAGCUGUUGCGGCUCGUCGGGCUGCUGCGGCCCCGUGUGCUGCCAGCCCACACCUGUGUGCGACACCAAGUGAAGACCCCACACCGCGCCCCUAAAGCCUUGGCCUGGCAGCCUGGCUGGGCCCCAGCAGGGGAUUCCCUCCUGCCCGCAGAUCCUCCUGCACUCCCAAGACAAGUCCCGCCUGUGCCGUGCUGAGCUGCGAGGGAUCCUUCUUCAACGCCUGCCCGAGGGCAGAGUCUGCCUGGCGAGAAGCUUGAAAGCUGGGUCCCAAAGUUUGGUGACCCCCGAGUCCCAAGGGGGAGUUACCAUGACUGAACUUGCCUGGUCACCAUUAGGGGUCUUCUUAUCCAAGGCGCCUUGGGGACUGACCCUCUUCCCUAGCUUUCUGAUACUUUUGCACAAAAAGCCUCCCAAAACCUCAGGGAAGUUAAACACCUCUGUUACCCCCUGAAUAAAUUCGAGCGUGCUGGUGUAACCCAA